AUGAACUUUCAAACUGGUUCGAGAUUCAACCCUGGAGAUAACCCUGCCAAUCCAGUCAUCCCUGAUUUAGAUGUAGCUGAAAAGGAAAAGAUGAGACUCGAAUCAUCAAGGCAAUUAGAGGAACGUUGCAGAUGGUUAGAGGAGAAAUUUAAGGCACUAGAAAAUGCUGAUAAUCGUCAGGGAAUUGAUGCUAAGGACUUGAGUUUGGUCCCAAAUUUGGUGCUUCCCCAUAAGUUCAAAAUGCCGGAAUUUGAGAAAUACAAUGGGACUACUUGCCCUGAAGUCCAUAUCACCAUGUUCUGUAGACGGAUGACUGGCUAUGUAAACAAUGAUCAAUUAUUGAUUCAUUGUUUUCAAGACAGUUUGGUUGGGGCAGCGGCUAGGUGGUAUAAUCAUUUGAGUCGCGCAAAGAUCGGUUCCUGUAGAGAUUUAGCACAAGCCUUUAUGCGGCAAUAUAAUCAUAGGGAGGUUUCCAUGCAAGUUCAACCACCGCUUUUGGAGAAAGAGACUACCAUACUGUUCAUUAACACCUUGAAGCCCUCAUUCAUUACUCAUAUGAUCGGAAGUACCACCAAAAGCUUUGCUAACAUAGUUAUGGCAGGAAAAAUGAUUGAGAAGGCCAUAAAUGGUGGCAAGAUAGAGGGGGAAACGGCUAAAAGAUUGGCCCCAAGAAGGAAAGAUAAUGAAGUGAACAAUACAAGUAGUUAUAACUUAAAAGCGAUUACGGUUAGUCAACCUAGAGCAACUACAAUUUGGCAACAGGAUUCCCAAAAGCAAGGAUCUAGUUCGAGACAAAAUUCUAAGAAGGUCUCAUUUACGCCUAUUCCGGUGACGUAUCGGAAGCUUUAUCAAAGUCUAUUUAAUGCGCAUGCAAUAGUUCCUUUUCAUUUGAAACCACUGCAACCUCCAUAUCCCAAAUGGUACGAUGCAAAUGCCAAAUGUGAAUACUAUACAGAGAUAUUGGGGCAUUCAAUCAAAAAUUGCACUGGCUUUAAAAAAGCAGUGGAAAGACUGAUCAAGAUGGGGAUCGUAAAAUUUGACGAUACCCCUAGUACAGAGAACCCGUUACCAAACCAUGGUGAUCAAGGGGUAAACACAAUUAGAGACACUGGUAUGAGAAGGAUUAAAAAGGGCAUGGCUGAGGUAAGAAUGCCGAUGAAGGUAAUAUGGGAAGGAAUGGUGAAAAGAGAGAUGAUAAUCUUUAAAGAAGGGAAUAGAGGAGGGAGGGACUACUAUGAGUUCCAUGCAGAAGAGGGACACGAGAUCCAGGAAUGUGAUGAGUUCAGGGCUUUGGUACAAAGCCUUAUGGAUAAUAAGGAGUUGGAAUUUUAUGAAGUUGGCUUAGAUGAGGGCCAUAUUUGCACAUUAGAAGGUAGACCAAAGAAUCAAAGAAUCAACCGGCCAAGGAUCAUCAUUUCUCUGCCAAGGAAUAAUGAAGUUGAAACACAAAUAGCACCGAAAGUCAUUAUUCACAAACCCGUUUCCUUUUCUUAUAAGGAUAACAAGAGGAUACCCUGGAAUUAUGACUGCAAUGUGACAUUACAGGAGAAAGAAGAUAUAGAUGGUGCUUCUAAGGAGGUUCAAGAUGAGGGUUCUUAUACACGUAGUGGGAAGCGUUAUGAUGUAGAAGGCGUCAGAAUUGAGCCUGCAAAAGCAAAAGCCUUUGAUAAAGGAAAAGGGGUUGAAGUACUUGUUAAUGAGCCAGUGAAGGAAAAAAAAGCCAGAGAGUUUCUAAAAUUCUUAAAACACAGUGAGUACAGCGUGGUUGAACAAUUGCGUAAACAACCAUAUCGUAUAUCAGUAUUGGCUUUGCUUCUAAGUUCAGAGGUACAUCGUGAGGCGUUAAUGAAAGUGCUCAACGAGACUUAUGUUACUAAUGAUAUAUCCGUCAACAAGUUAGAUCGAUUGGUUAGUAACAUAAGUGCUGACAAUUUCAUUUAUUUCAAUGAUGAUAAAAUCCCACCUGGAGGCAUGAGAUCAGCUAAGGCUUUGCACAUUACCACUCGCUGUAAAGGUUAUACAUUGCCAAGUGUGCUUAUUGAUAAUGGGUCAGCCUUAAAUGUCAUGCCAUCGUCCAUAUUGAACAGAUUACCCAUUGACAGAGCAGUGCCCUCAUCUUUGUACCAGAAAUUGAAGUUAGUAGCAGACAAACGGUUGAUCACCAUAAAGACGGAGGAAGACAUCAUAGCAGUAGUUACCAAUAACGCACCCUAUGUAGAGGCAAAUAAGGAGGCCAUUGAGUGCUCUUUUCAUUCCUUAGAAUUCGUUAAUGCAACAUUUAUUUUAAAGGGGAAUGAGGUGCCGGUGCCUAGGAUAUCCAAAACCACAAGAAUGGGUUUGCAGCUAACAAUAGAAAGAGGAGCCUUACUAGGAAAAGGAUUGGAAAGAUAUCUUCAAGGAGGGAUUCAAAUUCCAGAACUAAAGGAGAAGAGAAACCAUUUUGGUUUGGGUUUCAGGCCAGAUCACAAACAGAGGAGGAAGGAAAUAGAGAAGCGUCAAGAAAGAAGAAGGGCGCGUUUAAGUGGAAGAGAAGUAGAAUGGGAAUUGAUGACGUUCCCUCAUAUAUCCUAA